AUGGCACAGCGUAGCGAAGGAUCUGCUUCUUUCACAUACGAAGAUAUUCAAGCUUCCGAUGACUGGGUACCACUUGCCAAGAGAGAUAAGCUCUCUAUCUGGCGCAUUUUAGGUAUUUGCAGCUCAAUGUUCGGUUACCAAACAGUUUUCACCGUAGUUUUCGGUCUUCUCUCUCCAAUUAUGGACUCCGCGGAAAUUCAAAUCCCACAAGUCUAUCGUUCAUGGAUUUAUUUGAUUGGUCCACUCUGUGGAUUCAUUUGCCAGCCACUUGUCGGUUACUAUUCUGAUGGCCUGCACUCAAAGCUUGGUCGCCGCAGACCAUUUAUCAUUGCCGGCUGCAUUGGAUCAAUUCUUGGUUUCAUGCUCCUUUUCUUCUGCCGCCAGCUCGGUAAGUUCGUCAACAAGAGCAACCCAAGACCAUGGAGUAUUGUUUUCCUGAUUGUUUCCUUAACUCUUGACUUCAUUUCCGUCAACCUCUUACAAGCUCCAGCCCGUACAAUCAUUGGUGACUUAGUUCCAAAGCAGCAACAAGUCCUUGCCAACUCCAUCGCUUCCGUCAUGAUUGGCUUGGCUCAGGUCUUCUCUAACUUCAUUGGUGGCUUCAAUGUUGCACAGUACACAAUGUUCGACUACCAGCAACUUGUUAUUAUCUGCGGCUGCAUCUUCAUCAUCGUUAGCGUCGUUAUUACAUGCGUUGCUGCUCAUGAAGAACAAUUCCGCGAAAAUCUUGACAGACCAAACCCAUUUGUCCAGAUUUUCCGUUCAUUCAAGUCAAUGCCAAAGCCAGUUCUCCGCAUCUCCAUUGUUUACCUUCUUUCCUGGAUGGGCUACGUUGAAUUCAACAACGAAUGCUCAAGUUACGUCGGAACAGAUCUUUACAAGCUCCAAGGCAAGGACUAUGAUGAAGGUGUCCGCUUCGGUCUCAUCAUCAUUGGCGUUUCUUCCAUUCUUGUAAUGAUUUGGUCAUUUGUCCAAGAUGCAGUCAUCAAAUGCAUCGGCCUCAAGCUCUCAUACGCACUCUCCCAGGUCAUUGAAGGUAUCUGCCUCAUCCCAAUCUUCUUCAUCAAGAACAAAUGGGCCGCAUUAGGUCUUCUUACACCUCUCGGCAUUUCCUGCUCAGUAUUCAACUCCGUACCAUACGCUGUUGUCGGAACAUACGCUUCCGAUGAAGAUAUGGGCACAUACAUGGGCAUCCUCAACAUCUUCGUCGUCGCCGGUCAGCAGUUUGCUAACUGGAUCAUUGGCUCUGGUAUCGGAUCAUUUACUAAUGGAAAGAAAGGUCCACUUCUUGGUUCUGGAUCUGUAUUUGCUUUCCUUGCAGCAGUUAUGUGCUUCUGGAUUAUUGUUCCAGAGCCAGACGACAACGAGAAGCUCCAGCCUCUCAUCAGAGAAGAGAAAUAA